CGACAGGUGGCAGCCCGCUUGUUGUAGUCAAGGAAGAAGGUCGAAGCAACACGCGGAUUUGCCAAAUGCGUACGAGCGCUUACACGCUUGUGGCGUAUCGUGACAGAUGGCUUGAGGCCCGUCUGUUAAUGUUGUUUGCGGACCUUUGCAUUCUAUACUCAGCUUGUCAUGAACUGAAGGUAACGCUAAGGAAUGGACACUUGGUGACGUCGCAUAGCUCGCCGGACUGAUGAAUGUUACUGACCGCAAUUUCACAUGCACUUUGAGAUUCAUGCACUAACAUCUCGUCACGCAGGCUUCCAACUUCACACGCCUCGCAAUCUCGACGAGGGUGCUUGAUCUACACUGCGUUUGAAUUGCUUGUGUGACAUACCCUCAUUCGUCUUCAGAGGUUCUAAUGAUCGAUCACUGCACUAGUCAAGACCCCUCGCUACGACUUAAUCCACACGCAUUCACUACUGUUUGGCACAGUAGGUCAGCAAUAACCGCCAAUGUUCCAUGGCUCGCCUCGUAUGCCACAGUCUCAAAAGGUCAUUCCAUGAACGAGUAUGCCUGGGACAGAUCAUAAUCUGCAAGACUUGGCUUCCAUUUGAACAGGAUAUAAGUGCGCCAUUGCGACUAUGUCUUGUGCUUUUCAAACGUCUUUGAUCGCAUCAGGAAUGGAUUUACAAAAAGUAUUGGUGACUCCCAGUCACGGUGCGGAUAUUGUUCCCAUAAUGACA